AGAGCCCGCAAGCCGCCCCGCGGUGCAUUCUGGGUCUGUCUCAACAUGGCGGCGCCCUUGUGCAAAUGCUGAGAACGUGUCUCCGUGAGCGAAACCGACUCUAUCCGCAUUACGUUUAACCGCUGUCACUGCAAGGGAUCGUCGGCUGCAUUUCUACGGAAGCGCCGACGAGAAGUCAGAGCCAGUAAACCGCUAACGGAGCCCCCGGGGCAUCCAGGUGUGGCUUAGGCGUGAGAGUCCGUGUAGAGAUGGGCCUCCUUUGCAGCCCUUAGCGGAGAGAAGUACCAUAGAUCCCUCCAUAUCCCUGCAAACGUGCACAAGGUGGAUUUGGACGUUUGGCUUGAACCCCGGAUUCAUUAUCAUCAUCAAGUGAUCUUUCGGCGGUCGUCUCUCUUUUCGAGAAGAAAGAGAGGGAGGGAGACGCGGGAGUGACCCAGCCGGCGUGAAGGAUUCGGCCGUGCCAAGCAGGGACCUGAUGAAAAUGGAUGCGGAGCUGCUCCACUCGCCUGUGGUGGGCCUGGCGGAGGAGGAGGAGGCUGACAUAAGCGACUGGAACCUGCCGCUGGCUUUCAUGAAGAAGCGCCACUCGGAGAAGAUCGAGGGCUCCAAAGCGCUGGCGCAGAGCUGGAGGAUGAAGGACAGGAUGAAGACCGUGAGCGUCGCCUUGGUGCUGUGCCUCAACGUGGGGGUGGAUCCUCCCGAUGUGGUCAAGACGUCCCCCUGCGCCCGGCUGGAGUGCUGGAUCGACCCGUUGUCCAUGAGCCCUCAGAAGGCACUGGAGACCAUCGGGGCAAACCUGCAGAAGCAGUAUGAGAACUGGCAGCCCAGGGCCCGCUACAAGCAGAGUCUAGACCCCACAGUGGACGAGGUGAAGAAGCUGUGCACGUCCCUGCGCCGUAACGCCAAGGAGGAGCGCGUGCUCUUCCACUACAAUGGGCACGGUGUCCCCCGGCCUACCGUCAACGGCGAGAUCUGGGUCUUCAACAAGAACUACACCCAGUACAUCCCGCUCUCCAUCUAUGACCUGCAGACGUGGAUGGGCAGUCCCUCCAUCUUCGUGUACGACUGCUCCAACGCCGGCAUCAUUGUAAAGUCUUUCAAGCAGUUCGCCUUGCAGCGGGAGCAGGAGCUGGAGGUGGCGGCCAUCAACCCGAACCACCCGCUAGCGCAGAUGCCCCUCCCGCCCUCCAUGAAGAACUGCAUCCAGCUGGCGGCCUGUGAGGCCAGCGAGCUUCUACCCAUGAACCCCGACCUGCCGGCUGACCUCUUCACCUCCUGCCUCACCACGCCCAUCAAAGUGGCCCUGCGCUGGUUCUGCAUGCAGAAGAGUGCCAAGCUGGUGCCGGGCGUGACGCUGGACCUGAUCGAGAAGAUUCCGGGGCGCCUGAACGACAGACGCACCCCCCUGGGGGAGCUCAACUGGAUCUUCACAGCCAUCACAGACACCAUAGCUUGGAAUGUGCUUCCCAGAGACCUCUUCCAGAAGCUGUUCCGCCAGGAUCUGCUGGUGGCCAGUCUGUUCCGCAACUUCUUGCUGGCCGAGAGGAUCAUGAGGUCGUACAACUGCACCCCCGUCAGCAGCCCUCGCCUGCCCCCCACCUACAUGCACGCCAUGUGGCAGGCGUGGGACCUCGCUGUGGAUAUCUGCCUGUCCCAGCUACCCACCAUCAUUGAGGAGGGCACCGCCUUCAGACAUAGCCCCUUCUUCGCGGAGCAGUUGACGGCCUUCCAGGUCUGGCUGACCAUGGGGGUGGAGAACAGGAACCCCCCCGAGCAACUGCCCAUCGUCCUGCAGGUCCUCCUCAGUCAGGUGCAUCGACUGCGAGCCCUGGACCUGUUGGGCCGCUUCCUGGACCUCGGGCCCUGGGCAGUCAGCCUGGCGCUCUCCGUCGGCAUCUUCCCCUACGUGCUGAAGCUACUGCAGAGCUCGGCCCGUGAGCUACGGCCUCUCCUCGUUUUCAUCUGGGCCAAGAUCCUAGCCGUGGACAGCUCCUGUCAGGCUGACCUGGUGAAGGACAACGGCCACAAGUACUUCCUGUCCGUGCUGGCCGACCCCUACAUGCCUGCUGAGCACCGGACCAUGGCAGUGUUUAUCCUGGCUGUGAUUGUGAACAGCUACAACAUUGGGCAGGAGGCCUGCCUGCAGGGGAACCUCAUCGCCAUCUGCCUGGAGCAGCUGAACGACCCGCACCCCCUGCUGCGCCAGUGGGUGGCCAUCUGCCUGGGCCGCAUCUGGCAGAACUUUGACUCGGCGCGUUGGUGCGGCGUGCGAGACAGCGCCCAUGAGAAGCUCUACAGCCUCCUGUCCGACCCCAUCCCCGAGGUACGCUGUGCAGCCGUGUUCGCCCUGGGCACCUUCGUGGGCAAUUCGGCGGAGCGGACAGACCAUUCCACCACUAUCGAUCAUAACGUGGCCAUGAUGUUGGCGCAGCUGAUCAACGACGGGAGCCCCAUCGUGCGCAAGGAGCUGGUGGUGGCUCUCAGCCACCUGGUAGUCCAGUAUGAGAGCAACUUCUGCACGGUGGCCCUGCAGUUCAUGGAAGAGGAGAAGAACUACGCUGUGCCCUCCCCUGCCAUCCCCACGGAACCGGGGAACCAGAGCCAGGUGCGGGAAAGCCCGGCGCGCAUGCGCUCCGUCAGCUCCUACACCAACAUCCGCGCCGCCACCACCACUCGUAACCUGAACAAGAGCCUGCAGAACCUGAACCUCAGUGAGGAGGGUGACCGCUGUACUCCUCCAUCGCCUGCAGUGGGCUCUGUGGCCUUCUCCCCCGGGAACCUGAGCACCAGCAGCAGCGCCAGCAGCACGCUGGGCAGCCCGGACAACGACGAGUACAUCCUGUCCUUCGAGACCAUCGACAAGAUGAGGAGGGUCAGUUCGUACUCGUCCCUCAACUCGCUCAUCGGGGUCUCCUUCAACAGCGUCUACACGCAGAUAUGGAGGGUCCUGCUGCACCUGGCCGCCGACCCCUUCCCCGAGGUUUCUGACCUGGCCAUGAAGGUUCUCAACAGCAUCGCCUACAAGGCCACCAUGAACGCUCGGCCCCAGAAGAUCUCCGGCUCGCUCACACAGUCAGCGCCCGCCAGCCCUACCAGCAAAGGAACGCACAUUCACCAGGCGGGGGGCUCCCCUCCCAUGCCCAGUGCCAGCAGCUCCAGCCUGACCAACGAGGUGCCUAAGCCCCCCGCCCGCGAGCUGCCCCCCAGCCGGCCGCCGUACACCCCCCCAUUUUCUGGCCAGGCCCCCCACUCGCAUCAGUUCCAGCGCCAUCGUAAGAUGUUCGACAAAGGCCCCGACCAGACCGCAGAUGACAGCGACGAACCUGGAGGACAUCGGAACUUCAUCAGCACCACCAUGCAGACCGGCCUCUGUGACUGGAGCGCCAAGUACUUCGCCCAACCCGUCAUGAAGAUGCCUGAGGAGCAUGAUGUGGAGAGUCAGGUGAGGAAGGAGAGGGAGUGGAGAUUCCUGAGGAAUGCCCGGGUCCGGAGGCAAAGCCAGCGCAUCAUGCAGAGGGGCAUCACUCGCCUGGAUGACCAGAUCUUCAUCAACCGCAACCCUGGCGUGCCGUCAGUGGUCAAGUUCCACCCCUUCAACCCCUGCAUCGCGGUCGCCGACAAAGACAGCAUCUGCUUUUGGGAUUGGGAGAAAGGCGAGCGGCUGGACUACUUCUACAACGGGAACCCCCGCUACACCCGCAUCACGGCGAUGGAGUACCUCAACGGGCACGACUGCUCUCUGCUCCUCACGGCCACAGACGACGGUGCCUUGCGGAUCUGGAAGAACUUCGCCGACCAGAAGAACCCUGAGAUGGUGACGGCCUGGCAGGGCCUCUCAGACAUGCUUCCCACCACCCGAGGUCUGGCCAGAAGGGUCUCAAUCUAUCUUGACAGGAGUAAGCAGGGAGGUGCCGGGAUGGUGGUGGACUGGGAACAGGAGACGGGGCUUCUUAUGACCUCUGGGGAUGUGAGGGUCAUCCGCAUCUGGGACACAGAGCGAGAGAUGAAGGUUCAGGACUUCCCCACGGGGGCAGACAGCUGCGUGACCAGCCUGUCCUGUGACCCCCACCGCUCGCUAAUCGUGGCCGGCCUUGGCGACGGCUCGGUGCGCGUCUACGACAGGAGGAUGGGCCCUAACGAGUGCCGCAUCAUGACGUACCGCGAGCACGGUGCCUGGGUGGUGAAAGCCCACCUACAGAAGGAGACGGAGGGCCGCAUCAUCAGCGUCAGCGUAAACGGAGAUGUCCGGUUCUUCGAGCCCAGGAUGUUGGACUCGGUGAACGUGCUGCAGACAGUGAAGGGGUUGACUGCCUUGGACAUCCAUCCACAGGCCAACCUCUUUGCCUGCGGUUCCAUGAACCAGUUCAUCGCCGUCUACAGCUCCAAUGGGGACGUCAUCAGCAACAUCAAGUACUACGAUGGCUUCAUGGGUCAGCGGAUCGGUGCCAUCAGCUGUCUAGCCUUCCAUCCCUACUGGCCUCACCUGGCCGUCGGCAGCAAUGACUACUACAUGUCCAUCUACUCAGCUGAGAAGAGGCUGAGAUAACGUCAAGCAGCCCCCCCGAUCCACCGUGUAAAUGACUUCUGAUGUACAUAUGCAAUUGUUACCUUGAAUGUGUAGUGAAGGCUGCUGAUGCUUAUGUUAUAAUUAUUAUUAUUAUUAUUGUUAUUAUUAAUGUUAUUAUAAUUAUGGGCUAUUUGAUUGUAGACUUGGCUGUGCUGAGGAGUGUAUAUAUUUAAUUGCUUAUAUUGUUAAUGGAGAGUUUAAGGUGGUGCCCGUUCGGCUGCGCCGGCCUGUGGCUGUCAGCGGGGGGGGGGGACUGAACAGCAGCCUCCAUCGCUGCCCCUCCCCCAGGUCCUGCCCUGCUGUUUCCUUUCUCAGUGUUUGGGUUCCAAGCCAUCGUUGGAAGUGGAGCCUGAUAGGUUCUCUGGUGGACCCACUGGGGCCAGGAUGGCACGGCUGGAGCCUGCCUUCUGCUAUGCCUGCCCCCCCCCCAAACACAUGCCCCGGCCCGCACCUGGCCAUGCCCCGCCAUCUGCUGUACCCCCUCACCCUAACCCUAUACCCCCUCCCUCUGCUGUGCCAAAUGUGCUAAUCUAGCCAGUGCUCCUCUGACCCACCUCCUCUAGUCUGUCUGCAGUGCGCUGAAUGUCUACCUUUCCGAGCCUUUAUCCAGCCCUGUUUGCUCUGUAAAGCAAUAAACAAGGUUUUGGUGUGUGGAGGGGCGGCGGGUCUGUCUGCCCGCCCUUACGGCUGUUAAAAAGACAGUUUUAAACUCAACAAGGAUGACCUUCCUCCUCUGUCGCGAUUCCGGAGUUAGCGUUGGUUCUGAGCCUCCUUCUGCUGCCCUGGGGGGUGUGCGGCGGGGGGACUGUCAACUUCUGGAUAAGCAGCUGAGCUGCUUUUGGCGCCCUCUGUGGGUCUGGAGGUGUCCUGCACGCCUUGUGCACCACUGCCUGCUAUCUUCUUGCUCCCGACACAGUGACACACCUUAAACCACGGAUUCAAGACUGCAAAUAACACCAAGAUCUGAGCACUGAGGUGGCCACUGCACAGGCCUUCAUAGCGCCAGCUGGACCUUACAGUGGGCAUCUGCAGAACCCCACUACCCCCCCCCCCCCCCCCAGCCUCCUGCCAUCUCCUACCAGGCCUUCUGCUACCUGGGAAAGUGAUGUGCAUCACAGUACUUGUAGCAUCACAUGGGUAUUAAUUUAUUUCCAUUACUUUUAAGCUAAAGUCUUGUUUUUAAGUGCAGGAAUUGAUUGCAUAUCAGAGCAGCGAGGUCGUGAAGUGUCUGGUUUGAGAGAGUGGCAGAGCGUAGACUGUCCAGCCUGGGCCCCCGGAAAGCGCUGGCUGCUGUCACCUUUCCUCUGCAUCUCCACGAGUCCCCGAUCUUUCUGCUAUCCUUUCUGUGCAUUACCUUGAAAUUCAUGAAUUAUAGUCUCCUCCGUUCAGUUUCUGCAACUGUAGACGCAAAACUGUUCAGCAAAAGGAGACUGUCCAAAGGGUUGGAGACAAAAGGGGCUUUUUAAAUUCCUUAUACGUGGAUUAACCACGUUGAUCCUUUCAGCCAGCUGAAGGUAAAAUCCUUGCCUGGCUGUUAACGGUGUUCUAGACUUGCUUACUCCAAGUGACACAGUGUUCCUGAUAAAUGUGGGAACAUCCUUUAUUCGGCUUUUUUUUUUUAUUGUUUUCAUGAUGUAUGAUUUCUGGUAUGGCUUUCAUUUUUAACCCUUUUCCAGCCUUUGUAAUUUUACGUUUUUAAUACAUCUGUCGACGGCAUCCUCGGUCCAUGGGGGAAAUGGGCUUUGAAACGACCGACGGGGUCCUUGUCUGUCCCACGGAUGUGCUGCCUCCGGCCCGCUCUGCUCAGCUGUGCCCUUUGAGGAAUUGGAGGGUAACGCUAACCACCCAAACGAACACUGAACAUUAAUGAUAAUGGACUGCAGUCUCAGUCUUGCCCACUUCUGCUCUCUGGUUCCUCCCCAAGGGAAGGAGGUGUUAUUGCAGCCGCACCUCUUCGGCAAACUGGCAGCCUACCGUCACCCUACUCAGAAACGCAUCUUUAACAUCUCGCUCUGAGUUUUAAUAUUUUAGACAAAGACUUUAAAAUAAUAGAAUGAAACGAAAACAAUCAGGUGUUAUCUGUGACUGUAGAUUGCUUUGCCAACCAUGGUUUGUAAGACAGAAUAAAGACAUUGAAAUAAACCAAAUGCACAAAA